AUGAAUGAUCAAUUCAGAAACUCACAGGAACUCUCCACGGAAAUACCGGAACGGUUUGCCGAAACGCUUUGGUUCGGCAUUAUCGAUACUACAACAGAACCAAUCGGAGCACUUGGUUCCACAGAAAGCUUAUUUCAAUUUCCAGAGCAGGAAACAGUUUCGCCUCUGCAAAAUAAUCCCAUAACACCGAAGAUUAGUAAUACUGCGAGUUUUAGUUUUGACUAUAAACUAACUUCGGAACCUGGUGAGGCCAUCUAUGCAGAACCAGUCACGUCUCAAGGUGCAGUAUUGCAACCGCAAUCGGAUUCAUCGGAGACUACUGUGAUUUUAGACAAUGCUGUGACAAUAACGACCAUCACCAAAAACACUAUUGUCACCAAAGAGAACACUGAACAGACCGUAUCACUCUCCAGUACAACCGCAGCUGCGAAAACCUACUUGAAAUACUCUGCACAGUAUCAAGUGAUCACGAAAGUAGCCGCCCAAUGGGAUUCGGAUUUGGAUAAUCGGUUGAGUGCAAAAUUUGAGGGCUUGAGUACAAAGUUGUGUGAUCUGGUUCGUCUAAUUCAAAAAGAUUUGCUCAUUAUAUCUCCCUUUACAAUUGUUGAAUGUGGCACAAUUUUGUACGCUCCUCUGUCGUUUUGGACAGCUAUCUGUUAG